GCCUGCGCAGCCGCGGGAGGCGGGGUGCUGGUGCUGUGCGGAGCCUGGCUUGUUGUUGUUGUCACAGUCCCGGAGGCUUCUCAGUUGCCGCCGCGCCGCGUCGCCAUGUCCUGUUCUCAGGAGCCGCCGCAGAACAACAACAACAACCCCCCGGCCGAGGGGGCACCCGCCGAGCCGGGCCUCAACAGUUCCUGGGUGGAGUUACAGAUGAACGGCAAUGGCAAUAGCAAUGAUAAUGCCAGUGGGAAAAAUGGGGGCCUGGAACAUGUCCCUUCGUCAUCCUCUAUCCACAAUGGAGACAUGGAAAAAAUCCUUCUGGAUGCCCAGCACGAAUCAGGACAGAGUAGUUCAAGGGGUAGUUCGCACUGUGACAGCCCUUCCCCUCAAGAAGAUGGACAGAUAAUGUUUGAUGUGGAAAUGCACACGAGUAAGGACAAUAGUUCUCAGUCUGAAGAGGAAGCAGUAGAAGGAGAGAAAGAAGUGGAAAUUUUGAAGAAAAGUGCUGACUGGGUUUCAGACUGGUCGAGUAGGCCUGAAAACAUUCCUCCCAAGGAAUUUCACUUCAGACAUCCUAAACGUGCAGUAUCUUUAAGUAUGAGAAAGAGUGGAGCUAUGAAGAAAGGUGGCAUUUUCUCUGCGGAGUUUCUUAAGGUUUUCAUUCCAUCUCUGUUUAUAUCUCAUGUUUUGGCUUUGGGACUAGGCAUCUACAUUGGAAAACGACUGACCACACCUUCAGCCAGCACUUAUUGAGAGAAGCAGAGGGCAAAACUUGGAAAUCCACAUGACCUGUGAAGAUGUUAUUGUCACAUUAGUACAUUUGAACUUGAGACCAUUUUAAGCAUGACCCAGCCCCGCCCUUUCUUUACAUAUCCAGGUUCCAGUAACUCUUGGAAUUCAGUAUUGUAUUGGAACUCUGUUGAGGUGUUUGACUACCCACCUUCUCUCCCCCCACCCUUUUGGCCUGCAAAACACGCCAGUUGCCUAACAGACUUUACAAUUGUCUAUACAUUGCAAGGGCUUCUUUCAGUACAAAAUUCCACCAGCAAAUUAUAAUUUUAUCAGUGAUGCUGUUGCCUCCUCUAGUACAACCUGACUUAAAUCUGCAAAUGCUCAUGGAAUAAAUGUUGACUGUAUUAUAACAAUUGCCAGUCUCUUUAAAAGAAACUGAAGGUUGGUUAGAGUAAAAGUGAGUCUUUGUUUUUAGAAAACUGUUGGCUGUAAAUCAAACUAAAAAAUCAUUGGCAAUAAAGAAUAAAUAAAUUUUAAAACCAGCUUUUUGGGUAAUUUACUAACACCCUAUUUUGGCCAUGACUUUUAGUUUGCAGAAGGCAAAGACUGCACAAAACAUAAAGCAUGAUGAUAACUUAGUGAUCAGCAUAUGUUAAUACUAGAUAAUUGUCAUAAUCUUGUCUUUCCUAUGAAGUAGGCUCCUUGUUUCUGGUAGGAAAAUCUAACGCCUAGAAAAUGUUAGAGGAAUUGCGUUGUUUGCAUGUGAAGAAGCUUUUAUUUUCCUUUAGCUUUUUCCUUACUGGAAAAUUGUAAGUGUAAAGUUUUCCUUUAUAAAAGCAGUUUGAAUGCAAAUAUUUUUGGUGUAUUUAGACGAGGGGUUUCCAAACUUGGUUCGUGGCUUGUGCGGGGUAAGCCCCUGGCAGGAUGGGAGACGCUUUGUUUACCUGA